AUGGCAGCCCAAAUCGACAAAGAAGAGAAUGCGAUCGUCAGCGUCAGCGUGCUUAAUGGGAAGGUUGAUCCUUUGAAAUGGGGCACGAAGGUGUACGUAGAGGUCAGACUCGGGGAUCUACACGUACAGCGGCUCUCUCCCGUGAGCGUGGAUCCCGUCACGGGGGAUUUCUCGUACGAGAGCGCUACGGGCAACAUCACCGUGUUCAAUAGCAACAUCCUGGAGGAAAUCUUCGACGAGACCUUGCACAUCGUGCUUCGCUCGUGGCACCCCACCUCGAACUGGGUCGAUUCCGCCAAGAUCCUCAUCUCCGUGCGGUCGAUAUCGAUAGAUUCAACGGUCAGACCAACGGGGGUGGAUAUGGGCGAUGAAAGCGGAGAGGCAGAUCGCGACUUCAUGGUGUUCCGGCUCGAACCCGUCCCGGGCGGGGACAGCUUCCAGACGGCAGAUGAGUCCGUCCCGAACCUGGUGCUAAGCGCUACCCUUCGGAGCCCAUUCCGUCCGCCUGUGGAGUCGGUGGCGCGCUUGCUACAAGGGUGCGCCUCCACCGUGGACCUCGCGCUCGACACGGUGUCUCUGCAAACGGAACGCGUCGCUCCGUACUUGACCAGCCAAGCCGCCCUCGUCCCGACGAUCCCGGCGGGGAUUGUCGUUCUGGCUUCUCUUCCCUUGCUCUGUGUCCUAGGAGUGGCGGGCCUUCCUCUUCUAGUACCGAUGUUGAUCGUCGUUGCCGCCGUUGGAGGCGUCGGUGCGCUGCUUACGGCGGCGGUUUGGCUCUUCAGCCGCGGCGGGCGGGCGUGGGUUCAGCGGGCGGUACGGCCCGUCUACGACAGGGUCGGCAGAGAUAACCCCGAGGUUCUCUACCCUGUGGGACCAGGACCGUCCCCCGCACGCAUCGCGCAAUGUCUGGUACCGACUGGAAUGUGGUCCAAGCUAGCGAUGUCAAUAGCGGUCGAUACAAUCGGCUGUACCUCCUACAUUGUUCCGAUUCUGGGCGAAUCGGCCGACCUGCUAUGGGCUCCGGUGUCCUACUUGCUCAUCGACGCCAUGUACCAUGGCUCAAGCCCGUGGGCGGGGGUGUUCGGCGCAAUGGAAGAGCUCCUCCCCUUCACCGACAUCAUCCCCACCGCCACCCUAGCCUGGAUGAAGGAAUAUUUGCCGCAGAUGCUGCAGGGAUUGAGCGCCGCCGACCAGAACCGGCAAGAGCAGCACGUGUACCACUCCGACGACAACGUCGGGCCGGGUGGUGUGCACUUCCCGAGCCAACCUGACGGCGUGCGGUAAACCUCUGAGGUGUGCCUGCGUUGCUCCGUGGAGGCGUCGUUUGUGGUUUUCUCG